AAGGGAACCUUGGCUUCCAGCGCCGAGUUGUUUGUGGCUUCUAGCCCUAGGAGCAUUUUGGAUUUGCUCGCCUUCCUCUUUCAGAAGACCUGAGGUCGACCGCCAGUCUGGGAGAUUUGCAACUCGAGGCUGUUCGUCCUUGUUUUCCAGUGUGCCCGCGGGAGCCUUUGGGGAAGCGUGGAAAGAAGAGAAGUCACGCCUGGUGACCGGCCCCACUCCCCCACCCCCGUCUCUGGCGUGUCUUGGGCUCGUGCCUGGCGCUGCUCUGUGGAAUCGUUCCCUAGUCGUCACUUUUGACCGCAGUCCUGUUUAAUAGAAGUGGAAACUGAUGCAUCGAGAGGGGUGAAAGGCCUUUCCCUUCUCCAUAUCCACUCCCUCUCCGGCCCCAAAGACCUUGCAGAUUUGUCUGGUUUCCAGACACGUGCUUUCGAAUGUUGUGCGGAGGGGAGCUCAAGUAUUGAAGAAUAUAGAGUAGGAAUUCCUAGAAUUUUACGAGAUCUCUGAGUAUUUCCAAAACUGACUUUUGACUGCUGGUGUGUGGGAUUCGUGAUUGCCUUUCACUAUCCUGUGGCUCCAACAUGUACUUCCCUUCUUGGUUAAGUCAUCUAUGGAGGGGUUUAUCCAGACCCCUUGGAAGCACCACUCAGCCGACUUGGGGUUCUCUCUCCAGAAGUCUGGUGCUAAGUUCACAGAGGAGAAUUCCAGAAUUCAGUAGCUUUGUUGCCCGGACCAACACAUGUGGAGAAUUGCGUUCUUCUCACUUAGGCCAGGAAGUCACCUUGUGUGGAUGGAUUCAGUACCGAAGGCAAAACGUCUUCCUGGUCCUAAGAGAUUUCCAUGGGCUUGUUCAAAUUGUCAUUCCCCAGGAUGAGUCGCCUGCCUCUGUGAAGAAGAUUUUAUGUGAAGCCCCUGUGGAGUCUGUGGUGCAAGUGUCUGGGACAGUCAUUUCCCGACCUCCAGGACAAGAGAAUCCAAAAAUGCCAACAGGUGAGAUUGAAAUCAAAGUUAAAACAGCUAAACUUCUGAAUCCCUCCAAGAAGCUGCCCUUUGAAAUUAAGGACUUUGUGAAGAAAACAGAGACUCUUCGUUUACAGUAUCGCUACUUAGACUUGCGUAGUUUCCAAAUGCAGUAUAACCUGCGACUGCGGUCCCAGAUGGUCAUGAAAAUGCGGGAAUAUCUCUGUAAUCUGCAUGGGUUUGUGGAUAUAGAAACCCCAACAUUAUUUAAGAGGACCCCAGGGGGUGCCAAAGAGUUUUUAGUACCAUCCAGGGAACCUGGAAAGUUUUAUUCUCUCCCUCAGAGUCCUCAACAGUUUAAGCAGCUUCUGAUGGUUGGCGGUUUAGACAGAUAUUUUCAGGUUGCCCGAUGUUAUCGAGAUGAAGGUUCAAAACCAGACAGGCAGCCGGAGUUUACUCAGAUUGACAUAGAGAUGUCUUUUGUAGACCAGUCUGGGAUUCAGAGUUUAAUUGAGGGUUUACUCCAGUAUUCUUGGCCCAACGACAAAGAUCCUUUGCUGGUUCCUUUUCCUUCUAUGACUUUUGCUGAGGCAUUGGCCACCUAUGGAACUGAUAAACCUGAUACUCGCUUUGGAAUGAAGAUUAUAGAUAUCAGUGAUAAGUUUAGAAACACAGAGAUUGGAUUUCUUCAAGAUGCACUUAGUAAACCCCAAGGAACCAUCAAAGCCAUGUGUGUCCCUGAAGGAACAGUAAGUGAAAAAUACUUAAAAAGGAGAGACAUUGAAUCCAUCCAAAAAUUUGCAGCUGACCAUUUUAAUCAGGAAGUGUUACCUGUGUUCCUGAAAACCAACAGAAACUGGAAUUCUCCAGUUGCUAAAUUUAUAAUGGAGGAGCAAAGAUUGGAAUUAACCAGACUAAUGGAGAUCCAAGAGGAAGAUGUGAUCCUCCUAACUGCAGGAGAGCAUAAGAAAGCAUGCUCUUUGCUGGGAAAAUUACGACUGGAAUGUGCUGAUCUUCUAGAAAUGAGAGGAAUGGUCCUCCGUGACACAUCUCUGUUCUCUUUCCUUUGGGUAGUGGAUUUCCCUCUCUUCCUUCCCAAGGAGGAAAAUCCCAGAGAACUGGAGUCUACCCACCACCCAUUUACUGCUCCCCACCCCAGUGACAUCCAUCUCCUGUACACUGAGCCCGAAAAGGUCCGUAGCCAACACUAUGACUUGGUUUUAAAUGGCAGUGAGAUAGGAGGUGGUUCUAUCCGAAUUCACGAUGCAGAGCUACAGCAUUACAUCCUGGCAACAUUACUAAAGGAAGAUGUGAAAUUGCUCUCCCAUCUGCUCCAGGCUUUAGAAUAUGGGGCGCCCCCUCAUGGAGGAAUUGCCUUAGGGUUAGACAGACUGAUAUGCCUUGUCACUGGAGCUCCAAGUAUCAGAGAUGUCAUAGCCUUCCCAAAAUCCUUCCGGGGACAUGACCUCAUGAGCAGCGCCCCAGAUUCUGUCCCUCCUGAAGAACUGAAGCCCUAUCAUAUCCAGGUCUCCUGGCCAACAGACUCAGAGUCAGAAAAGAGUUCAUUGAAUCACCCACACCAUCCAAAAAGUUGAGCUUUUGAGUUUUGUCCUCUUUGCUUCCCCAAGGCUAAAAUCAGAUGCAGAGUUCAGCCACAGAUCUGACAGUCGUCUCUGUAGGUGGAAGGAAUCCAGGUAACAUUCUUCACCACAAUGAAGAAACAGAAGAUAUCCAAUUUUGACUUGA